CCGGUCGCAGCACCUUAACGGCGAGACUACAUAGUAUCAUGGCACUAACCGAGACGGUGGCCAUGUUCACAGGCCCACUGCUCGUGAUCGUCGGCCUUGUCUUCUUCACUCCAUUGGGGUCUCUCUUCAGUGGCACGUCAUCUGUGGCGGCGGUAGUGUUCAUUGUCGCAAUCCUCCUGCUGCAGUUUGUCGUGGUGCGGCGUCCGACCCACAACACGGUGCGCACCACCAAGGAAUUGCACGUCCGUCGCAAGAUUCAGCAUGCUGGUUCGGGGGUGUUGGUCGUAGUCGGAUCGUUUUACGCCAACAGCCUCCAAGUGUCGGUGGUGCUUGCGUGUUCCGCGGUGGCCUUCUACAUCGUCGCCCAACUACGCAAACAGAACAAUAUCGUCAACGACACGUAUCUGCAUGUGUUUGGUCCCAUCCUGCGGCAGCAUGAGAUUGCCCAUCGCCUGCCUGGCGCGUUUUGGUUCCUCCUCGGGUGCAGCAUCAGCCUCCUGAUCUUCAAGAAGGACGUGGCCCAGCUCAGUGUGUUGCACGUACGAGACUUACCUUCCGUGAUCCUGUUGGGGCAUACGAACGACCUUGUAGCUAUCAUUGGGCGACCCGUGCGCGUCAUUCUUUGGCCUAACGCUGGGCCACCACACGACCAAACUGGCCAACGGUAAGACGAUCGCCGGGGUCGCCGGCUGCUUUGUCGUGUGCUUUGCCACGAGCGUGGCCUUCUUGUCGGUUGUGGAUGCAUCCGUGGCCCAUGUGAGUGGCAUCGAGAAAGCCGUCGUGAUGGCGCUAUGCGGUGUUGCGGGCACGGUGGGGGAAGUGCUGUAUGUGGGCUGUGACGACAAUCUGUCUUUGCCAUUGGUGUCAGGGCUGUUGAUGUCUGUAGUGUGGGUAUUCCUUACGUAGGUCAUCUCCACCAAUGUACAGUAGUUACCAGGCGAAAAAAGGUGUUGGUUUUAGAUCUAACGAGCUUACGAAUCAAUGACAGUAUGCUUGAUCAAGCAAUGCAUACUUGAAUGCAACCAAGCAAGGGUGUGACGUGUCGAUCAGAGAAUU